ACUGGAACGAGUUUUACGAUGCAUUUGUAGCGGGUCAUGGUCAUGGAGGUUCGUGGUUUGAUAUGAAUCUGUAUUGGUGGGGCAGAAGAAAUGAUGAUAAUGUAUUGUUCCUUAAGUAUGAGGAUAUGAAGCACGAUCUUAAAAGUGUUGUUGUUCAAAUUGCCAAGUUUCUCGGUUGUGAGAUUCCAACUGGUGGUAUGGAGAAAAUAUUGUCCCACUGUUCUUUUGCAAGCAUGAAGAACAAUGCAAUGACCAAUUAUUCAGAAUCAACAGAUAUUCGGCAAGAUAUAUCGCCAUUCCUUAGAAAAGGUGUUGUGGGUGAUUGGAAGAACUAUUUCACGGUAGCUCAAAAUCAAGCAUUCGACAAAAUAUACUAUGAAAAGUUAAAGGGCUCAGGACUCGUAUUUGAUUUUGAAAUGUAAUAUCAGUUGUAGAUACAGUCGGCCUACUAUUAGUAAUAAUAUUAAAAAUAAUUUUAGGUAGUGUUAUUUCUAAUUCAAGUUGCACCAAAUUCAAUGAUUAUUGGUGAGGGACCUCAUAAUAAAAUAUAUACCGGUAAAUAAUAUUAAAGUUAAACAUACAUUUACAUAUUUUAUUACAAUUAUAAUUGCUGCGAAGCAGCCAAUUCAUAUUCUUGACAGCAAUUUGACCCCUGAAAGGU